AAUGGUCACUUUCGCAUGUAUAUAUGACUAUCGAUUUAUCAAACAAACGACUUUAUGAUUCUAUUGGAGGUUUCUUUUUAGGUGUUUAAUUUUCGGGACCGAUGGUUUGUGGAAUAUGAUAUCGCCAGAGGGAGCCGUCAGUCUGGUGCAAGCGACCGAGAGGCAUAAUGAGGCGGCAUUGGUCGGCGGCGCCGCCAAUCAACCGAGGGACUGGCUCAACCCGUCCAAGAGUCUAGUGGAUCACGCUCUAGAAAGGUGGUCUAACACGAGAAUGAGGGCUGACAAUACAUCAGUGGUGACGUUAAUGUUGGACCCGCCUGGUCCGCCGCGCGCCACAGUGCUCCGCUCUCGGACCACACAGAAGCCUCCUGUCCCCAUCCCAACAGACGCCGCGCCUCCCGUCCCCGCUCCACUCAAGACUGACGACUCGAAGCCCGAGCCCGCGACUGAUACUGACGACCGCCGCGUGCCCCGCAAUGGCCUCACCAUCGUAACCCGGUACUCGGAUGUGGAUCGCCCCGCUCCCUCGCCGGACGCGCCGCUGCCCCCCUGCGCCACCCUCGACGCCCGUUUGUCUGUAGCGCCGCCUCCGCCGCCCGACGAUCCCGUCGACACGGCUGAUUCCGACACGAUCACCAACUACGGCGACCCCACCGAGUCCUACUUCAUGACGCGUCUGCUCAACCGGAGCGGCAUCGUCAACACGCUCGAGGACGUGUACGACGAAAUAGUUGCGCGCCGCCUCGACCGCCGGCCUUCCGACACCGCCCCGCCCCCGGACACCGUCUUGCCGGACGCUGACGAGCCGGACGCGCCCGCCUCCGGUCAACCCGGCUCCGACCUUGCCGGUGACCGGUCCACCACCGACGAGCGUGUCGACGACGGCCGCAUCCAGAUCAACGAGGUCUCUUCGAGUUCGCCAGUCGAGGCGCCGCCGAAAGGCCGCGGCCGCCGGCCCCGCGCCGAACCCCGUCGCGACGCUUCCGCCGCUGCCCCGAACGACCGCGUAUUGCGCUCCCAUCACGAGGAGCCGCCCCGCCCCCACACGCGGCAGGCGGCCCGCCCUAGGCCUCCACCCGCCCUCGACCGCGUCGUCAUUCUCACGCGCCGGGCUCCACCUCCACCGCCGCCUCCUCCCUUGCCGCCCGCCGACGAUGAGGAGGAUCGGCGCACUACGCGGUCGCAGGGCGGCGCGCCCGCGCUCGCGCAAAAGAUUACGCGCGGCCUGAGCGGCGUGGCGCGGGAGCUGCGCGCGGCGGCGGCGGGAGCCCGCGCGGGAAACUCGGGACGCGCCCCGGGCCCGGCGCGGCGGGCCCCGGCGGCGCGGCGACAGGGGGCCCCGCGCGCCCACCGCAGCAAGGAGAACCUCGGCGCCGCGACCCGCCGCGCGCGCGCCCCGCCCCCCCGCGCCGCCGCCGCCCAGGCCCCCUGCCCUGAGCCCCGCCGGCGGGAUGAGCCCGAGGUGCACUCCACCACCGGCGACCCUUGCGGUGCUCCGCCCCCGCCUGCGCCCCGCCCGCGAGCGCUGCGCUCCAGGAACGAAACGGAGGCGCCCGUUGGCACCCCGACGGCGGGUGCGGGUGGCAAGCGCUCGCGCUGCGAGGAGGGCGCGGUGGCGAUCGGCGGCGGUGGCGGUAAGGCGCCGCGGCUGCAGUCGGAGCGGUGCGCGCGCGCCCUCCACAAGCGGGCGUCUGGUCCAUGGGCGCCGGCGUUAGCGCUCAGGAACCGUCUGCGGCGGAGACUGGGCAAGUAGUUGGAGCGGGAGUGGAGUGCGACUCGUGGUG